CCCACGACCCAGCAGACACAUUACCUUGCUCUCUGUGGAGACUGAAGAUGAAACUCGUUGUGUUCAUAUCACUGGUCGGUCUGGUCCUAACCGAAAAUGUUAAUACGAAAGAGAAGUUAUUAACCUAUAUUGCUCAGGAACUUACGUGGCAUGGAAGGAACGGCAGCGUGACAUUCCUCCACAACAAAUGCGAAUUUUCCGUGACUCCGAAAUCGAUAGACUGGAUGCCAUAUCACGAAAGCAAUUUCAGUUGCCCCGACUGGACAAACAUUGUAGGCGAAGCCACGGGACGCUGUCGAGUGCUCACUGCAGCGAAAGCCGCUAAGGAUUUCGUUGUUCGGGCUCUGGAUAUUGGCCUCUUCAACUUCUAUGAUGGAAAAGCAUGGCUCUUUUCCGAGAUAGCAACUGACACUAACAAUAUCAUGUUAUCCUUAUAAGCAGCAGAAAACAAAAAAUCAACUUCACACUGCAAAGGGAGAACUGCAUACAAGAUCAUGUUAAAGUUCAUCUAAUAUAUAU